AUGGACCUUUUGAAAGAUCCUGUCAAUGAUCGAUAAGUGAAAACUUUGAAGCCUCCACCUCAUCGUCCAUUGUCAAGGAAUCUAAUGUUUCCUGAUAAAUUGAAAAGUAAUCAAGAAAUUAUGGAAUAGACAAACCUGAUUGGAAAUUGUUAAGAGAUCAUUUACAAAAAGAGGGAAGAAUAGCUAAAGAGGAUCUAUUUAAAUUAGUUGCUGAUUGUAAUAAAUUAUUGAGUAAUUAAUAAUUAAAUGAAUAGAAAAUGAAGGAAAUGUGUUAUAUUUAUAAGAUCCAUUAACAGUUGUUGGUGAUAUUCACGGGUAAUAAAAUCAAAUUUAUGAUUAGUCAAUAUUAUGAUUUAUUGAAAUUAUUGGAACCUAAAGUAGGUGGUAAUCCUGAAAACACAAAGUAUAAUUUGAAAAUAUUAAUAAUAAUAGAUAUCUCUUUUUAGGAGAUUUUGUUGAUAGAGGUUCAUAUUCAAUAGAAGUAAUAAUAUUAAUGUAUGCAAUAAAAUUGAAUUUCUAAAAUUCAGUAUAUUUUUUAAGAGGAAAUCAUGAAUGUAGAUAAUUAACAGCAUUCUUUAAUUUUAAAGAGGAAUGCUUAUAUAAAUAUGAUUAAGAAACUUAUGAAAUGUUAAUGGAUUCAUUUGAUUUAUUUCCUUUAGCAUGCAUAAUAAAUUCUAAAUUUAUAGCAAUUCAUGGUGGAAUAUCACCUGAUUUAAAAUCGAUAGAAGAUAUAAAAAAGAUAGAAAGAUAUCAUGAACCUCCAAGAUAAGGAUUAUUUUGUGAUUUAUUAUGGAGUGAUCCUGUAGAUUAAGAAUAAGGUCAUUUAGAUACUGCAUGGAAAUCUAAUGAAGUAAGAGGAUGUAGUUGGUUUUUUGGAGGAGAAUCUGCAAAUAAGUUUUUAUAAAGAAAUAAUUUAAUAUCAAUUAUUAGAGCACAUGAAGUAUUAAUAUAUAAAUAUAUAUUAAGGCUUAAUUAGAUGGAUAUAGAAUGCAUAGAUGGAAUGGUGGUUAAGAUUUUCCAGUUGUAAUUACUAUUUUUAGUGCUCCAAAUUAUUGUGAUGUUUAUAAUAACAGAGGAGCUGUUAUUAAAUUUGAAAAUAACACUCUCAAUAUUCAAUAAUAUUAAUAUACUCCUCAUCCAUAUUUAUUACCAAAUUUUAUGGAUAUUUUUACAUGGUCUAUUCCAUUUGUAGCAGAAAAAAGUAAUAUUAUUUACUUAUUUUAAGUAACUGAAAUGUUAUAUCAUAUUUUAUAAACUGACAUUUAAGAUGAUGAUGAAUAAAUUAGUGAAUCAGAUAUAUAAUAAUUUAAAUAAUUAACUAAGUAGGCAGGCUUAUAAAAAUAAUCUACUACUGGUAGUUCAUAAGGUGCAUAAAAAAGUAUAUUAGAUAAGAUAAUUUAUUUUAGAUACUGAAAAAUUAAAGAAUAAAAUUAAGUUUGUAUCUACAAUGAUGAAAAUGUAAAGAACUCUAAGAGAAGAGAGAGAAAGUAUAAUUUAAUUAAAAGGUGCUUGUCCUGAUAAAAGAUUGCCAAGAGGUAUACUUAUGAAAGGAAAAGAUGCGAUUAAUGAUUGUACAAUUUAAAAUUAGUUGUUAGAGCUUGCUGAUUUUAAUACAGCCAAAAGUGUAGAUUUAAUAAAUGAAAAGAUGCCAUAUGCUUAGAUUCCUUAAGAAUCUAUUUAAAUAAAAAAACCAUCAACUUAGAGGAAAAAAUGAUUUCUAUAUUUUUAUGUAUAUUUAUUGAGC